CUUCUUCUUCUUCUUCUGCUGCUGCUGCUUCUUUUUGCCUGACGUUCUUUUCAGAUUUAGAACCAUGCUCUCUGUUCAGCAAAGAAUCUUGAAUAUGAUUCAGUGUUUUCGAAAAGAAUGGCGCUUAUAUUCAGAUUCUGAAAGGACUACUGUAUGUGGUAUAGACUCCAUGCUGGUGGCUUUGCAGCUGUCAGUCGCAGAGGUCAAUAAAAAGCAUCAUGGAGAUUUUAAUGCCUCGCUCAGUGAAGUUGUGUUAUCGUGGAAUUACUUUUUACCAGACAAGCUUGGCAUAUUACAAAAAAAUGUGGAAGCUCCUGAAAACUACGUUGAUAUCAAAAGUGUGUAUACUAGUUUUUUAAAGUGCUGCAAUAUGCUGGAUCUUAUAGACAUAUAUAAAAAAUGGAGGGCACUGUCAAUGGAAAAUGAAUCUAUAUCUGCGGAACAACUGUUAGAAUUUAUUGCGGGAAAAGUGGAUUUAUCUAAUGAUAAUGAUUCCAACAGAAUGAGCCCGGAUAAUGAAGAGCUGCCAUUGAAAUUGAAGAAAAUUCUGUAUUCAUAUUUAAGUUUAUUAAUUAACUCCAAGAAUGACCUGGCCUUUGCUUUCAUUUUGAACAUCCCUGACAGAGGGCUUGGAAGAAAAGCUUUCACUGACUUAAAACAUGCUGCACAGAAGAAACAAAUGUCCAUAUUUCUGAUGGCAACCUCAUUUAUUCGAACCAUAGAGCUUGGAGGGAAAGGCUAUGCCCCUUCUCCAGAUGAUCCUUUGAGAGUUCAUAUGAAAGGUCUUGCACAGUUCAUUCACUUUAUGGAUAAACUGGAAGAAAUAAUUGGUGAAGUCCCAGAUCCAGGACUUGCAGGGGGUCUAAUUCUAUCAACAAUCAAGAUGCAUUUGUCAAAAGGCCGAAACAGCAAGGAUCCUUUCUGUCAAGCACUAGAGGAAGUUGUACAAGAUUUGGAUUUGAGGAUUAAAAAUAUUAAAAAUUUUCAGCAUGAGACUAUGGCUCCUAACAUCACUGGAAUCAGUCCAGCCAGGCCCAAAGUACAUUCUAUAAACCAUGGCACUGCAUAUUGUGGCAGAGAUACUGUGAAAUCUUUAUUGAUUCUUCUGGAUGAAGCAGCUGCCCAUCAACCACCCAGCAACAAAGCUCAACUGUUGUUUGGUGAAGAAUUUGGAUUCCCUUCCAUCAUCAUGCUAUUCAGGUCUCCAGUACAAUCCACUGGAUGUUCUCCAAAGCCACUGAGACAGCGGGUUCGAACAGCAGUGUAUGAAAAAGAUCUGAAGCUUAAGCAACCUUUAAUUAGAUCGCAGUUUGCUUGCACCUAUAAAGAUGAUCAGAUGACAGAGUCAAAGAGAAAGCACUUCAGCUCAUUUCAGGUCCCAAAGUUCAUACUUCCUGUACCAAAAAGAUUGGCAGCUUUGUUCCUUCAAGAUGAGUUGCCUGUAGACUCUCUACAUUCUAAUCUUAAAAGUGCUGCACUUGGAACAUGUUCUGGAAAUCUUCAUCAGAAUGGAAGUAAAAGUAAAGAAAUAGGAAAAGUAAGUGGUGAGCCAAAAAACAGGAGCGCAAAGAGGAAGCAGGUGGACAGGACUAGUGAAAACAUCAUAUUCACUAAUGACAAUGAACCACUUCAGCACUUACACAGUAAGAAACCAAAGACUGCAACAAAUUGCCAGAAUAGUUUGGACAGCAACAUAAAGAGAGAGAGGAAAUGCAACAAAACUUUAGCCAAAAAUAAACUGAUUACUGGUCAAUCAAAACUAACUCAGUUCUUUCGGUUGUAAAUGUUAUUACUGUAAAUAUUUCUGCACAUAUCCUGACUGCAAAUUCUGAAAGAAGGAAAAGACUACAACAUUAAUAUUCUCUUAUGAUUAUGAAUACUCAUGCAAAAAUUAUAUGUAUGCUGUAUUUAUACAAAUGAAUCAACAAGCUUUGCAGAAUUCUGAGUUUUAAUAAUGUGUAGGUGAUAAUGACAAAAAUAUUCAGGAUAUGUACGGACACAUAGGAAUACUUUAAACCACAGCUACGUCUUCAAUGAAUUGUCAAGAAAUUAUUUUAUUUCUUCCAAAUGAUGAAGUUCAGUAUUUUAAACUUGCAAACAAGGUCGAUAGACUCUUCCCAACAUGCACCUAAGCACUGAAGAAAAACAUUCAAGAAAUGAUGUUAAAUUACUGACAUAUUUGAAUAAAAUUAUUUAAUCACA